AUGGCGAAGGCCAGCUCCACCAGCACUGUCCAAUUUUAUCAGGCCACAGUCACUCCACCUCCCUGCGACCCUUGUUUGGCAUGUGGGUUUCUGGAGUUGAGGACCCCCAGGACUGAUGCUUUGACGGGGCUGCUGAAAAGCAGCCACAUUCUGCCGCAUUUGCCGCGGGUCAUCGCUACAUGCAAGUCAGAUCUUGGAUCUCUGGGUCCAAAACACGCCCCGAGCGGGUCGACCUACGUCAAGACGCCAAAGGCUUUCCGCUCUCCACCCGCGCCCGGGGCGGCCCCUCGGCCCGAGCGGGCAUCCGAGCCGAGCGGGGCGCGGCGGCGGGCGCGGGAGCGCGCAGGGCGCGGCCGCUGCUCCGAGUGUCGCCCGCGCCCUCCGGGGCCGAGAGCCCCCGUCGUCCCCGCGCGCGUCACCAUGCUGCUCCCCCAGCUCUGCUGGCUGCCGCUGCUCGCGGGGCUGCUCCCGCCCGCGCCCGCGCAGAAGUUCUCGGCGCUCACGGUGAGUCCCGGCCCGCAGGGACCUGGCGAGCUCGCCUGCCGCCCCCUGCCGCUGGCCCGGCCCGUGUCCCCGCGCUUGCCUCGGGCCAAAGCGCUCAGACGCGGGGAGCAGGGUCCCGCGCGGCAACAAGGUCUGGGAACGCCGGCGCCGGCCCGCGGACUGUCCGAGGGCGGACCCACCGUGGACUUGGGCCCCCGCUCGCCGCUGACCGGUCGCCUGGAGCGCGUGGGGGACAGCAUGCACAUCCGCGCUCCUGCCCGCGCGUGGGUCACCGCGGUUGACCGCCGUGUGUUUUUCUUUCUUAGCUGCGACUUCUACGAGACAGUCUUGGCCGCCCGGGCGCGCGGUGCCAAACGCCUUCUGUUUUCUGCUGCUCUGCACAUUUCUUUACACUUGUCUGCCUUCUUUUUUUUCUCCCCCAAGUUUUUGAGAGUUGACCAAGAUAAGGACAAAGACUGCAGCCUGGACUGCGGAGGCUCUCCUCAGAAACCUCUCUGUGCCUCUGACGGAAGAACCUUCCUGUCUCGCUGUGAAUUUCAACGUGCCAAAUGCAAAGACCCUCAGUUAGAAAUUGCUUAUCGAGGAAAUUGCAAAGACGUGUCCAGGUGUGUGGCCGAGAGGAAGUACACUCAGGAGCAGGCCCGGAAGGAAUUCCAGCAAGUGUUCAUUCCGGAAUGCAAGGAUGAUGGCACCUACAGUCAGGUCCAGUGUCACAGCUACACAGGAUACUGUUGGUGUGUGACACCCAAUGGGAGGCCCAUCAGUGGCACUGCCGUGGCCCACAAGACCCCCAGGUGCCCUGGUUCUAUAAAUGAAAAGUUACCUCCACGGGAAGGCACAGGAAAAACAGAUGAUGCCUCAGCUCCUGCGUUGGAGACUCAGCCUCAAGGAGAUGAAGAAGAUAUUGCAUCACGUUACCCUACACUUUGGACUGAACAAGUUAAAAGUCGACAGAACAAAACCAAUAAGAAUUCAGUGUCCUCGUGUGACCAGGAGCAGCAGUCGGCGCUGGAAGAGGCCAGGCAGCCCAAGAACGACAACGUGGUGAUCCCUGAGUGCGCUCACGGCGGCCUCUACAAGCCGGUGCAGUGCCACCCCUCCACGGGCUACUGCUGGUGCGUCCUGGUGGACACUGGACGGCCCAUCCCCGGCACGUCCACCAGGUAUGAACAGCCAAAAUGUGAUAACACAGCCAGGGCCCACCCAACCAAAACAAGAGAUUUGUACAAGGGCCGCCAGCUCCAAGGUUGUCCUGGGGCCAAAAAGAAUGAGUUUCUAACGAGCAUUCUGGACGCACUGUCUACCGACAUGGUCCACGCGGUCUCGGAUCCCUCCUCCUCCAGCAGGCUUUCGGAACCCGACCCCAGCCACACGCUGGAGGAGAGAGUGGUCCACUGGUAUUUCAAGCUACUUGAUAAAAAUUCCAGCGGCGACAUCGGCAAAAAGGAGAUCAAGCCCUUCAAGAGAUUCCUUCGGAAAAAAUCCAAACCCAAAAAAUGUGUGAAGAAGUUUGUUGAGUACUGUGAUGUGAAUAAUGACAAAUCCAUCUCCGUCCAAGAGCUGAUGGGCUGCCUGGGCGUGACGAAAGAAGAAGGUAAAGCAAACACCAGGAAGCGUCAUACCCCUAGAGGUAACCCUGAAAGCACUUCGAAUAGACAGCCACGGAAGCAAGGAUAAGUGGCUCCCACAUCCGAGGCAGUUCCUAGACAUGUGGGAGACUCCCUCCCCAAAAAGCAAUUAAAAAACAAAACCAAAAACACAUAGUAUUUGCACUUUGUACUUUAAAUGUAAAUUCACUUUGUAGAAAUGAGAUAUUUAAACAGACUGCUUUAAUCUGUGAAAAUGGAAGGGCUGGCUUCAGAAAAUUAAUCACAUACAAUGUAUGUGUCCUCUUUUGACCUUCGAAAUCUGUCCUUGGUGGAGAUUUGUCUUGAAUGGAUUUAAGCUUCGUUUCUUCAUCCUACACAUGUUAACAUAGAAACCUUAACCUGGGGCACUUUGGUUCCAGUCCUCUGCCUUUCUUCCUAACUGUGCAGUCACCUCUAGUCAUGCCCAGUUUGCUUCCUUUGAAAUCUACUGUACUUGCAGCGUUGCUGCUUCCUUGUCGGAAGCUUUACGAUUCCGUAGACGUUAGCAAUCUACUGCUGUCCUCAUCACGCAAUUAACAAGUGCAUGGAUUUGUUUGUUUCUUGGGAUUUUGUGUUAGUUUUGCUUUCCAGAGAUCUCGCUCAUGCAUUGAGUUACCCAACCACUAAAGCCAUCUUUACAGCUAGUGCCCUGGUAGAAAAGACUGUUUUUCAGACUAUCUUUGAUGUGCCUGCUUUUCUGUUUCAAGCUUCUGUUUGCGCUUUUCCUUGAGCUCAGAUUAAUCAUGUAGGAAAAUGCUCGAGAAUCGUACCUGCUGUCCUGAGGCAGCGUAAAGGGGCCCAUUGUUCAGAAAAGUAGAUUUAAUCAUGGUGUGG